AUGUGGUUCGGUACCUUAUGUCUCGUGACUGUGUUAAUAUUGUUGGUGUUGUACCAUUUCAGGCGACCGCGAAGAUUUCCACCAGGGCCACGGGGUUUGCCGAUCCUUGGCAAUCUGCUGGAUAUCGCGAAAUUAGCGAAGAAAGAGAAACUGUACUGUGACACUUGGUGUCGAUUGGCCGACCAAUACGGACCAGUCGUCGGUCUUCGAUUAGGAUUCAAGGAAUCCAUGAUCAUCGUUUCCGGCAAGGAAGCUGUUACAAUCAUGAUGAAUCGGCCGGAAUUCGACGGCAGACCGAAUGGAUUUAUGUAUAAAUAUAGAUGCGGCGGCAAAAUGCAAGGAUUGGUCUUCACCGACUCCGACUUUUGGAAGGGCCAAAAAAAGUUUACAAUGAAAACUCUAAUGCAAGUUGGCUUCGGAAAGAUGUUUAGCCACGUUUGGUUCUUGCUGGAAGGAACGAAAUUCGAGGUGGGCAUGGAAAGCCCACAAUUAAAGGAAGUAAUAAAGGUGCUGAAGGAUAUUCUUAUAAAUGCAUCUGUUGUGGGUGGCAUUGUGAAUUAUUUUCCCUUUUUGAGACUUAUUUUCCCAGGCUUCACCGGAUUCUCAUUGUUUGCUGAACGACAAAAACGUAUAGAUGGUUUUUUCAUGGACGUGAUAUCGAAACAUAAAAAGGAUCGAGUGUUUGGAGAAUCCACAAAUUUUAUAGACUCUUAUUUACAGAAGAUAGAAAUAGAAAAACAAAACUCUUCCUUUAAUGAGAGUCAAUUGCAAUACGUCUUCAAGGAUUUAUUUAGUGCUAGUGUAGAUACAACCGAGAAGGCCAUUGGUUUCAUUAUAGCGUACCUCGUGGUGCAUCAGGAUGUACAAUUAAGGGUACACGAUGAAAUAGAUAGGGUCAUAGGGAUCAGUGCGUGUCCUUCUCUGGGCGAUAAAAGUCGAUUACCGUACCUGAACGCAGUUGUGACGGAAGUAUCGAGACUUGCAAAUGUUGCACCAACCAGUAUCCCUCACCGAGCAAUGACUGAUACAAGUUUACUAGGUUUCGAGAUAAAACGAGAUUAUAUAUUAUUAGCUAAUUUUAAAAGCAUACACUUGGAUAAGGAACAUUGGGGCGAUCCGGAAACAUUCCGACCAGAACGAUUCAUCGACGAGGAAGGACGAUUCAUCGAUGAUCCGUGGGUUAUGAAUUUUGGAGCAGGACACAGAAGGUGUCCGGGUGAAGUCGUAGCGAGAAACGCAGUUUUCCUCUUUACAGCAUGCUUAAUGCAAAAGCUUCAUUUUAUGCUGCCGAAAAAACAUCCUAAACCCGACUUGAACGGGCACGGUACUUUCAUUACUGCACCACCCACAAUGGAGGUUGUCGUUCGACAAAGACAUUGA